AUGGUGUACCACUGCAGGUGCUGCCAAAUUUAAAACCCCAUCUCCAUCUCUCAAUUUCCUUUUAAAAUAUCCCACAAUAAAUUUCUUGCAGACUAUCUGCAUUACUGCCUGCUCAUUUCUUUACACUGGGGUCAGAAUUCAUUGGCUGAAUCUCCAUUCCAUGUUAGUAACUGGAGCAAUCACACGUUGGACGAUUUUAUCUUGACCUGUUCUUGUUUGUUUUUUUUCGAUUUUUCAAUGCGAAGUUAUAUAUAUCGUGUUGAAUCCAAAGACGUAUGUAAAAGUGGGUAAGUAGGUAGAGACUUGUUGGAAUCCAUCCAAAUUCAUCUAUACGACUACGAUCAUCUCCAUAUUUCGCAAUUAGGGGAUUAAGAAGUGGAUCGAUAACGAUACUUGUGUACAAAACAGAUUUGUUUUGAUCAAUCAAUCACCAUCUUCGUUGAUUUCUGCUGAUUCUGCUGCUUUUUCAACUGUGCGUGUUCUUGGUGUUUGUGUGUGUGUGUGAGAGAGAGAGAGAUGGGAGUAUGUGGAUCGAAGGCAAAAGGAUGCGUGGGUGUUGGAUUAGGUCAUAAGAAACGUGGAGAUGUUGCAGAUGGUGAAACAACACCAAAAUUACAAGCAAGAACACAUGGAAGGAGACGAAGAAGACGACUUGGUAGGAAAUCGAAGACAGAUGCUACCAAUCGGUUUUCAUCCAGGAACAAAGUCGAUCCUUCUGCAGUCACAUCUAAUUCCAUGGAUCGUCGUUCUUAUCGUAAUCCUACAUUUCAAGGGAAUUCAGAAUCUUGGUAUGAUACUACGAUUGGGAUUGAUUCCGAUGGGGAUGAAGAUUUCUACAGCACUCAAGAUGACAUUAUAUCUCAGAAUGGGUCCAUUAGUGCAUCCGUGACUCCAAGAUUUUCCGAUCAUGUCAACAAUGCUACCUUCUCUGCCUCUGAUUCACUAAUAAAACCGAGCGAAGUACCACCAUCUUCCAUAGAUGGAGCCUCUGUAGUAUACGAUAAUGGAUCUCAAAAUUUUGGUAUUCUGCAAAAUAAUUGCCUCCCUUGUCUUAAUUGCACCACCUCCACAGAUGUAAAGAGUAAAUCGCCAUGCUCAAGCCCUCCAAGUGCAAAGAAGAAAGUUACUUCCAUGCUUUCCUUUAAAUGGAGGGAAGGGCAAUCCAAUCUUUCCGUAUUCUCCCCAAAGGCCGUUCUUCAAAGACCAACUGCGGGAUCUCAGGUUCCAUGUUGUCCCAUUGAGAAGAAACUGUCAGAUUCUUGGUCACCGCUUGAGCCAAGUACUUUUAAGGUCCGGGGGCAUAAUUAUUUAAGAGAUAAAAAGAAAGAAAGUGCUCCAAAUCAAGCCGCUUUCUAUCCCAUUGGUGUUGAUGUAUUCUUGUCUCCACGAAAAAUCGAUCAUAUUGCACGUCUUCUUGAACUUCCAACUAUCGAAUCAUCGGGAAAAAUCCCUUCUUUACUCGUCGUAAAUCUUCAGAUACCGCUCUAUCCCCCUGCACUGUUUCAACAUGAAUACGAUGGAGAAGGAAUGAGUUUUGUUUUUUACUUCAAGCUGUCGGAAAACUAUGAGGAACUCCCGCUCCAUUUUCAAGAAAAUAUCAGGAAAAUGAUUGAUGAUGAGGUGGAAAGAGUUCGGGGUUUUCCGGUAGAUACAAUUGCGCCAUGCAGGGAACGAUUAAAGAUUUUGGGCCGAAUCACGAACUUGGAGGAUCUUCAUUUAAGUGCGGCAGAGAGGAAGCUUAUGAAUGCUUACAACGAGAAGCCGGUCCUGUCUCGACCCCAACAUGAGUUUUAUCUGGGAGAAAACUACUUUGAAAUUGAUUUGGACAUGCACAGAUUCAGUUACAUCUCGAGAAAAGGUUUUGGAGCAUUUCAAGAACGAUUGAAGCACUGUAACCUCGAUUUCGGACUCACCAUCCAGGGAACAAAGGGUGAAGAACUGCCAGAAUGUAUUUUAUGCUGUCUCCAUUUGAAAGAAAUUGAUUACAAUAAUUACAGUCUCCUUGGACUCUAAUUCUCAUUAUUUUUCCUUUUUCAUGAAAUACAAUAUUAUUGAAAUAAAUUGCUAAAUAGAGAAAUGAAUGAAUGAUAUCAAGAGUGAGUGUACAGAGAUUUUGGAAUGCAGUCGAUCACAAUAAUAUAAAUGAUGUUCACUCUUGUUUCUU